AUGAGCACUGGCUGGAGUCGGCAUUGGAGCUUGACAGCAACUGCUAACAUCCUGGUUUUGGAGGAGCAUUGGCAUGAUUUGGUGCCCUGGGUCCAGGACCCUGAACAAUUCAUGAGGAAAGUCAUGGAUUAUGGUUUGGAACUGCUGGCCAAUCGUUGUGCAACAUUUUCCAAGUAUGGCUCCCCUCCCGGGUGUUACAGCAAAGUGCUGAGUGCUCCUGGUCCGGAAUCUAUCAACGCCAUGAAACUGAUGAAGGCGGACUGGCUAUGCUUGCAGGGCGUGGAAUGCAGUGGUGUGCCGAAGGCUAGCAUGCUGGCUGCAGAUCUCAGGUUGACCUUCGAUCCUUGCGUGCGCUACACUGCCCUUCAAUUUCAGUCACACGGUUGGCGAGUGAGGAUUGUCACCAACUCCUACGAACAGUACUGGCACAAGGCCAAGGAUGAUUUCAGGCCCAAUCCAGAGUUUGUAGCCGGCCGUCACAAGCUCCCGAAGGAAAUGUCCAAAGUCUUGGAUCUCAAAACUUGGGACACAAUUUCAGAGCAACACUUGGUCAAUUCUGCUGCAGCGUGGUCAUUCCUGCGCUACUACAGUGAGAACCACUUGAGCGCGCAAAACGUGAAACUGAAGGAUGGCUUGUGGGCUGUGUUUGCCCAGUUUGGGCAAAUCAUUACUUUGCGCGACGUGGACGAGAGCUACAUUGUCUUGGGUUCCUUCAAGUGGGCGGUUUUGGCAUGGCGGGUGUCCGAACAAUAUGAGGGUGGCAGGUGCUCCGGUUGGCAGUUGCAGGUGGAGGCCGGUUGCUCAUGGCAGUUCCUUCACGACCCUGAGUCCUGGCUAGGAUGUGAAGCCACUCCGGCAUGGUCGGCAAAUGCAGGACUUUAUUUCAAAGCCACUGGUGUUCUGGAACCACUUGUGCAAAACGCUUUGCGCUCUGGGCACAGAAGAACAUUUGCGGAGUUGACACUGAUGGCGGACUAUUUGAACUUGACACAACCCCACAAGAAUUCCAAGAAGGAGUUGUUGCAACAGUGUCAAGCCUGGUUCGGAGAAGAGUUUGCUGAAGCUUGCCGCCAGGCUGCAGAAGAAAACAAUCAGAAGCCUGAUGAUGCCGGGAUGCCUGAUGGUCUUGUAUCUGCAUUGCUCGAAAACAUGGAGCCGUCGGAUAAGCAGGAGUUUCAAGACCUCGAGAAAUCCGUGAUGCGACAGGAAGAGCGGGCCCUGCAGCAACGUUGGCAACACAUGUGGGCUGAGAAACUUGCCGAAGAAAAGGCAAAACGGGCCAAGAGAGCUAUGGCAAAAGCAAAAGCAAAGUCGAAACCCUGUGCCAAAGCAAAAUGCAAAGGCAAGGGCCUUGGCAAAGGCAAGGGCCGUGGCAAGGGAAAAGGGCUUGGAACAGGCACAUCCUUGCAAGGGCUCGCUCGGAGGCAAGCAGUCGCACGAAAGCGCAAGGCGCAAGUGCUGGAGGAAAUUCCAGGACCAACAGUGGAACAGGAUCCACUGGUGGCUGAACUCAAGUUGGAACUGGAAAGCCAACUGUUGGAUAUACACGUGGACGAAGCAAGCGAAGCAGAUCCCGCCCCCUCGGCGGAACCUUCUGUCGAUGCCGCUCCCAGUCAACAUGCUGUACUGGAACAGUCGGCUUCCCUGCCGCCUGCAGGUGUUGUUGAAGAACUUUCCGAGGCAUGUGCUCCGGAAUCAGAGCAACAUGGUGCUGCCAGACCUCUGUUUGCCAGAGCUGAUGGUGAUGCCGAAGAGCCAUCGGCGGUUGCACAGAGGGCAACAGCAGUGCAGGCACAGCCAUCCAUUGAGACCUUGCCCGAUCCAAUGUCCGGGCCAAGGGAAACUGGAAUGGCACAGCCCUCCUCCUCCAGCGGAUCAGCCCCUGUGCAGGGCCCUAAUCCUGCUUCUUCGCAUCAUGGGCAGGCCUCUGAACGUGGUCCACGCGAGCAUGGUCCACACCUGAAUAGCACUCCCGACUUCCUGUCAGAGUUGGACCCGCCAGAAGACUUCAAGUUGCGUCUCAGUUUCAACGAUCAUCGCUUCAAAGCCGAGAUCAUGACAAAGGAAUAUUUGUCACGUGACGGGAAAAAAUCUUGCAGCCACACCUUUGCCCGUGUCAGAUCAGACUGGAAGCAAGCACUGGCCCACGUGCAUCGCUGGGCAUGGACAGAGUGGCAGGCGGCCAAACCCGAAAGGCAAUUCCCGGCCAAUUGUCAGCCUGGUGUUAUCCCUGAGGCUUAUCUGGAACGCCUUGCACCCAUUAUCGACGCCCUGCCUCGGCCUACAAAGUACGCCAAGUAG